UCACCCCGGGGUAUGGUAGUGCUGAUGUGCAGCAAGCAUCGCAGGCUACUGUCCCCAAAGCACAUGUCGCAAAUACAAAUGUCGUAAAUUCAGUCAGCCCGAACACUCCCCAUAGGAGCAAGGUGGAGAACGUAACUUCACCCGAUGUUAGGACAACCCAUACUACAUCGGUACUGGAGCGCAAGGAAAACGUUAAGAACGUUUCCGUAGCCCAACAGGCAAAUACAGAACAUGUCGAAUUCACCGACAUGCUGGCUGGUCUCGAGGACGAGUUCAGGACACUGCAGGCACAACAGGGGACAUUGGAGAAAGCGCAAUCGUACUACGAGAUUAUGGGCUUAACCAAACACUUCACUCCCACAGAAUUGAAAAAGAACUACCGAAAGUUAGCCAUGACGUAUCAUCCAGAUAAGAACAUUGGCCGAGAAGCAGCCGGUGCUGCCAAGAUUUUUGCGCUGGUGGCAGAGGCCUAUCAGAUACUCAGUGAUGCACGCUUGAGAGCCGCUUACGACGUCGGUGGCACGGCAAG